ACGAUGGGAUGCCUUUCAGGGGCUGCCACGAACAUGCUGCUUUCCACGGCAUAUCUUGUGCAAUAUGCAAGCUCCUGAGUCCUGAUGAGCCUCACGAAGCUGGAAAGUUAGUCAACGGUGGCCCUGCUUUGCACGAAGCAUAGCAGGCAUUGACUGAACCAACAACUCCGUUUCAGCCCUUCAGGCUUGCGGGGACAAUAAUUUGGGAUUAAUAAAAGGGCGAGAGAUCUGAGAGUAUCUUGAUCAUUUUGAUCUUCACUUCUUCGCUGCACAUUCAGAAGAAUACCCGUUUGUACUUGGUUAUAUCGACCUUACUCGCAGUCACCAUGAUGCUCGGGCUACUCAUCCAAUAUGGCAUCAUCUUCGCAGCCUCUACACAAGCAGCUGCAGUCAAGCCAUGUAAACAUGCCCAUGCCCAUCCCUUGGCUGCCUUAUACGACGGCGCUGCUGCGCCUCCGACGAACCAAGAAUACUCCCCAGAGAGGCUCGAAAAGCCCGCAACACACUCAGAAGCCGUAAUGGCUGAGCUCAAACGUCUCUCAGAUGUCCACAGACACACUAGACUACAUUUACAUCAUCAUCAUAUCAAUCAUUCCAAGGAGCCUACUACUCCCAUUGACGAUGCAGCGAGUCAUGACGAACCAUCGCUCACAAUCGCCGAACCGGUGACAGAGAGUCAUGAGCAACAACAACUGCCGAGCGAUCUCUUGACAGAGCAAGAACAAGAACAAACACAAACCACUUCCGAAGAAUCCGAAAAACAAGAUCUCAAACGCUGA